AUGGAGACUUUAUGUCGAUGGUUCAUCCACUGGAGAACGAUCUGGACAGGCGUCGUAUUAAUCAACCCUGAACAUCGCAUAUUCUGCAAAGCCUUGCCAUUUCACUUUAAAGCUUCAAAUAAUGAGGCAGAGUACGAAGCUCUCAUUGCCGGCACAAGGAUGGCCUCAGGGUUGGGGAUCUCCGACCUGAUCAUACACAGCGACUCUCAACUAGUCAUAAAUCAGGUCAACGGUGUAUAUGUGGCGCAAGAAGAAAGAAUGGACAACUAUCUACAAGUUGUAAGAAAAGAACUUGAAAGGUUCAACACCACCGAACUCAAGCAAAUUCCCCGAUCGCAGAACGAUCACGCCGACGCACUGGCCCGGCUAGCCACCAGUGAGGGAAUUGAAGAAUUCGAUAGCAUCCCCAUGGGAAGAAUAUCCCUAUCGUCUACCGAGCUGGACAAAGUGCAUGCCGUGCAAGAUGUUCACGAAAGAAUAUGUGGAAACCAUUCAAGUGGGCUCUCACUAGCCCACAAGAUCAUACGACAAGAAUACUUUUGGCCUGCAAUAAGACGUGAUUCCCUUGAAUUUGUCAAAAGAUAUGACAAAUGCCAGCACCUCGCCCCCAUCAUAAAUGCUCUAUCGUGCGAGUUGAACCCAGUAACAGCACCUUGGCCCUUUGUGAAAUGGGGGGUCAACCUAAUUGGACCUAUGCCCGUUGGAAAAGGAGAUUUCUGUGAAGAGUUCGACAUCAAGAAAUAUUUCUCAACGCCAAACCAUCCGCAGGCAAACGGCCAAGUCAAAGCCAUUAACAAAAUUAUUAAGCAUACAUUGAAAGCAAAACUCGACUUGUUUAAAGGAGGACGAGCCGACGAACUCCCUAGUGUGCUAUGGUUUUAUUGCACCACUACAAGGACUAACAUGGGAGAAAUACCAUUCUCACUGGCUUUCGGUGUAGAGGCUGUGAUCCCACUAGAAGUCAGCAUUCCCUCGCUGCGUAUAACUGAUUAUGAUGAAGAAAGGAACCACAUGGCUCUUCGUACGGAACUGGACCUAACCGAGGAGAAAAGGAACAAUGCUGAACUUAAAAAUGCCGUUUACAAGCAGCGAAAUGUCAAGUACUACAAUCAAAAAGUUCAAAAAAGAGAAUUCGAAGUAGGAUCCCUCGUAUUACGGAAAGUAUUCCUCCCCACAAGAGAGGUAGGCAGUGGAUGCCUAGGCCUGAAUUGGGAGGGCCCCUAUCUGAUAACGAAGGUCCUGCUAAAAGGGGGAUAUGAGCUGGAAGACUUGGAGGGUAGACCUUUAUCCUAUCCUUGGAAUGCUGAACACCUCAAGCAGUAUUAUCAAUGA